AUGACACAAAUUGAAAAAUUCAACAUCUCUGAAGUCUCUAGCUGGCUCAUUCAAAAUGGUUUUGGUAGCCAUGUGGAUGUCUUUAGAAGCUGUGAAGUGGACGGGGCAUUCUUGGUGGAAAUGACUCCCGAAGAUCUAAUCGAUGAUCUUGCCCUCACUCCCAUGGAUGCCACCAAUCUCUUGAAUGCCAUUCAGAGAGAAAAGGCAGGCUGUGUGCCUACUGCAACUGCUUAUGCUGUAAACGCGUAUGUUCCUUCUGCAGCUGCCACAGGGUCCUCCUACAGUCCUGCACCCUCCUACAGUCCUACACCCAACAGAUCCUACAGUCCUUCUCCUGCCGCCAACACUCCUUCCAGUUUUUCACCUCCAGAUCCUCGUAUCCAAAUGCUUGAAACAGAAAACUAUUCUCUCAAGCAACACAAUGCUGCCUUAGAGGCAGACAACAUGCGCCUUCAGGGAGAGCUACAGAAUUUGAAGACCAUGUAUGAUCAACUAGUGCAGCAGCAGCAGCAGCAACAACAACAGCAAGCCAUUGUCCCUGCUCAAGCACAACCUGCUUAUGUGCAGCCUCCAGCUUAUACACCCACGCCACCCCCUCAACCAACAUAUACACCUACGCCACCCCCUCAGCCAACAUAUGCACCUGCUCAACCAACCUACACACCCACUCCACCACCCCAACAAACUUAUCCAACUCAGACCUACUACCAGCCUGUACCACAGCAACAGCAAGUAGAUUACAGCCAGCAGCAAGCACCACAACAGGCAUAUGCUACACAACCUGCCACAACUACAGCAGCAGAUCCCAGUAAGAGCGAUGGCAUGAAGAAAACUGGCUUUAAUGUGGUUAAAGGUGCUGGUGUUGGAGCACUAGGAGGAGCCACUAUGGGUGCUAUUGCUGGAGCUAUUCUUCCCAACAUGGAUGCCGGUGAUGGUGCCAAAGCAGGUGCUGCCAUGGGAGCAUUGGGAGGUGGUGUCAGCGGAUUCAUGAAGAAAUAA